GAAGAAUACAUACGGCGUCGUUUCUAUCGAUCGAUUUCAGAACCUAUCAACCUGACAUUUUCGUCAAAUGAAGUGAGCGUGUUUUCUUUCUUCCGUCAGGCUAGGGUUUUCGAAUUGUGCACAGAUAUUGAACAUGCAACUCACUCUUGAAUUCGGUGGAGGGCUAGAGCUCCUUUGUGAUUCAGUGAAGAUUCAUAAUAUCAACGUCCAACUGAAAAAUGGAGAAGAGAAGUUAACCAUGAGAGACUUGCUCGCUUGGGUUCGCACAAAUUUAGUCAGGGAGAGGCCUGAAAUGUUCAUGAAAGGGGAUUCUGUGAGACCUGGCGUUCUGGUCCUGGUAAAUGACUGUGAUUGGGAGCUCAGUGGUCAGCUUGAUACCACACUGGAAGAGAAGGAUGUGGUGGUCUUUAUUUCAACAUUGCACGGUGGAUAGUAUCUAGUAGAUUGUUGCUGCUUUCAUAUUGCAAGUAAUUGUAGCUAGUCGUAUUUGUGAACUUCACCACUAAAGAUGUUAUGUGAAAGAAUAUGUUAAGGCGUAUAGGAUGGCUAUCUGUCCUUAAAAACUUGGUUUAUGUGCUGCAAUCAUGAAUUAUAUGCGCUGUUCCUUCUAUUGUACAAUUUUUCUCUUGAAAGGGAAGAACUUGAGUAAAUCAAAAGGGUAUAAUUAGAUGAGCAA